AUGGGUAAGAAAGCGCACAGAGGCCCAAACACCAAGCGCGCGCUUGUUCAGCCAAGACCUGCAACAUUGAGCCAGCGCAUUCGCGAACUUGGAGAGGAUCUUCACGGCGUGGAUGAUGCCGGGAGAGAGUUUCAGAGCCUGUCGGAGUUGUGGCUACUGCAAGGACAACAGCGCGACAAAUUCUACAAGGUAAACACAGAGUGGUGGGUCAAGGGCUACGAAGGCCGUGCGUCUCUGGAAGGCGCUAUGAUAGGUGAUGAGGCGAGCGAGGAGGACGUGCAACAUUCCUUGGACUUUCUCUGCAAGGCUCUGGAAGGCAAAGCUCAAAAGCCUCGUUCGGCUUUGGACUGUGGUGCUGGUCUUGGGAGGGUCACGAAGGCGGUGCUACUACCCUCGGUGUCAGGCAAGGUUACAUUGGUGGACCAGUCUGACAGGUGGUUGCAAACCGCCAGAAAGUACUUGGCAGAAGAAGCAGAUCGCUGUCACUUCGUGCAUUGCCGUCUGGAGAAGUACACGCCCUGCAGUAGCUUUGAUCUGAUUUGGAUUCAGUGGACCUUGCAAUACCUGAUCGAUGAAGAUGUUGUCUGCCUCUUGCGGAAUGUGGCAGCUGGGCUUACCGAGGAUGGAGUCAUCGUGCUGAAGGAAAACAAUGUAUCUCAAGACUGGAUCUCGUUCCACAUGGACACUCCAGCAAAAGAGGGCCGCUUUGACAUGACGCGCUCUCCGAGGCAUCUAAGUAUUCUAAUUGAGCUCGCCGGACUGGUGGUGGAGCACAUGGAACUCUGGGACGAAUGCAGCUGUUGGGUGCUCAGCGCCCACCUGCAAUACACUGUUUCAGACACUCAUCCUCAGACGGCGGACUUAGAGAAGGGGACACAGCUCGAGUCUGUGUUUGCCUGGCAGACCUUCAAGUUCCUCUCACGUCCUCCCUCCUUCGUUGACUACUUCGCAACUCUUGCCGGCGAGGCGGCGAACGUGUUGAGCUCGGUGACUUGCAAUGGUGACCCGGCAGCACAAAAUCAGUUGGAUGGCUUUCUGGUGCCCCAUGAAGAGGAGGUGCGAGAAGUUCUCAGGGAUGACGAGGUUCUUGACGUGGAGCCCUUCAAUUCUGCCUCUGCAGGGCCCUCCCAGGUCUCUGGUCACAAGAGGGAGGUGGAAGUUUCUGGCCAGCUCGGAGCGGGGAACAAAAGGGCAAAAGUCACCAGCAAGCCAGUCAUGGCGCUAGGAUGGCAGCCGGACCCCGAGAAGAAGAGCGAGGCCACAACAAAGCCUGGCCAACAAGACUCUGCUCAGGUGGGCCGUGGUCAAAAGGAGGCUGUCGAAGCUGUCCUCCCCUCAGAUUUCCACUCGCCCUUGGCUAUUUUCGGUCAAUGUCAAGAAGUGAUGAAGGCCGUGGAAUUUUUGUCGGUGGCCUUCCAGCUUCGUCGUGUGCUCAGUGAUUCAAGCACGACAUCUCAGAAUGGCCGGGUGGAUGGUGCCCGAGAGAAGGUGCCGGACGCAGAUCAGAGCUCCAUUUUCGUAUCUGGUAAAGCUGAGACAAGUAAGAGAUGCUCUGGAUGCAGAAUGAAUGAAGAGGGUGAGCUCUGGAUCAAGCUUGGCUUUGUGCCGGGCAGUGCGGAGAAUGGCCAGGCUUCUCGUGCUGAAGACGUCAAUAGCGGUACUGGAUGGUACUGGCACUGGUCAGAAUAUGCCAGCGACAGGCAGCAGAAGUCAGACUACUAUCAGCUGUGCUCGGCGUUCUGGCUGGAGACAUGGCUGGCAGUUGGUUCCUGCCACUUGCUCCGCCAGCAAGCCUUCAGCUACGGGGCAGCUGCAGUGAGCACCCAAGAUGGGUUUGCCAUCGUUCAGUUCAGUGCCGAGGAGCAGGCACGCCUGAACGCGCUGUACCGGUGUAGCCGCGAGUUCUUCGGCAACCCUUCCAGGUACAAGGAGGGCUUCAAAUGCUUCCCCAUUCCUGGUGGCUACUUGACUCCGUUCCCUGGCACGUACGAGGUGUUUGAGCUUCGUCGUGGUCUGCCGAGCUGUCCAACAGAGUUUCGCCAGGCCAUGGAUGCCUUUGCACUUCUCGAGAAGGUUGCGCUUCGGUUUUCUGCCGAGAUUGGUUGCGACUCGGGCAUUGAUCUAGCGGCGAUGCCGAGCGACACCUCAUCGACCAUGCGGUGCAUUCACUAUGAUCGCCCUCUUGAGAGUCGAGGUGCUUCAGACCUACCCCCGGCCGCAAGCCAAGCCAUAGCGAAUGGAUCGGAGGUGCGGCUGAUAAACUUGAAGGGGAGCGAUGCGGUCUUGAAUGGAUUCAAGGGCGUUGUGUCAAACGUGAAGGGCGACGGCCUUGAAGUGUCCUUAGCCAAGGCACCAGAGGCAGUUCUCAGCGCAAGAUGUGCCAAAACAAUUCUUGUCGGCAAAGAAAAUCUUCGUCUACUCCGUCUUGAGGCUCCAGGAAUGUAUCCUGCUCACACUGACUCCUCUUUGGUCACCGUUGCACCGAAAAGCACCGCAGCUGGGUUGGAGGUGAAGGAUCUACAGACUGGAGAAUGGUUUAACAUCGAGGAUGCUUUGAAUAGCGGGGAAGCUUUGCUUUUCGUGGGCGACCCGCUUGAUUACGCCUCUGGCCACCGUUACCCGGCUCUAAUGCACAGGCCUGCGGUUUGCAGAGCUGGCUCGGCUGCAGCGUCGCUUCAGCAUCGCAUCUCAACGCCUUUCUUCCUAUAUCCCCGAGCUGAAGCUGUUCUGGCCCCAAGUUGGCUACCACGCUUGGUGUUUGAGGACUUAAACGGCAAUGUGAACAAAUGCCGCGACCGCUUUCCGUGGAAGAAGCAUACGUGCUACUACAGCGACCUUGUCUACUCUGAGCAAGAUGCAGUUUCAUGA